GCCAGCGGUUGGCUCUCUUUGGCAGCGAAUGGAAAAACUGCGACUUUUCCCGACGACUUUUCAAUUCUUCACCUCAAGCCGACGCAUCUAAUCCCCUCGAGCCACUCCGACUGGGUCCAUUGACAAGCCAUUGUCGACCGCCGACUAUCGUCAAUACCGAUCCUUUCGCUCUUCGUCCCGUUCGCCCUUUUUUGCGAAUCUAAUUUCCAAUGGCUUCGACCGGAGUGAACGUUUUGCGGUGGUCCGCCCUUGGCCUGGGUAUCUUUUACGGUUUCACCCACCAGCGAGCGAUUACUGCCUCGCAAAAGGCCGAGCAUGCGCAGCACGAGUACGAGAAGAAGGAGAAGCUUAUCCAGCAAGCCAAGGCCGAGUUUGCUAAGAAGAACAACCCAACAUCUGGCGACUCUGUUAUCACCGACCCCUCAGACCCCAAGUUUGAUCUCGAGAAGCUGCUGUUGAAGGUGCAGAAGGAGAGCCCUUAAAUAUGUAAUACCGGCGCGGGGAAACGCAACGCAAGAUAUGAGAAGGGAGAGGAUGGAAACAAUGGGAGGUUUCGGCGAAAAGGUUGACCAACCGUAGGGAAACAGGUCCUGCCGAGGCAUAAUCCGAGCCUCGAACCAGACUCGGUGUAUGAUUGAGGAUAUACAUGGCGGCCCUGCAUAGAUGUUUCCUUAGGUCCCUGUUUAACUCUGUGUACAGGUGUACAAUAUAUCUACUUUAGACGACAAAAAAAAACGUCAAUGGUUUUGGCUAGGGCUUGUAACACUUGGGCAUGUAAUGGGAGACUUUGAGCGGGAAAGCUAGUAAGUUUAUCUCUGCGGGCUUAUAUGAUGAUGUGUAUCAGGUACGGAUGGAUGUAUGUUUAGUUUUACAGCAAAAAGCAAGUUGACGACGAUAAGCGAUUCUGAUGCUUGAGGCAGUUUCUGUGAUCAGUGAAGCGACAUGUAGAUGAG